CUGUUCCUUAAAUGGUACAAGGAAAAAGAUAAGCAGCAUAUUUUGGUUAUAAUAUUUAGUUAUAGUAUAUGCCAUAAACACAUUAUUCAUGCACACCAAAAUGUUAUCAGUUUUUAUAAAUAUGAUGUUUAUUAAUGUCGCUUGCAGUCCUGAAAUCUAUCUCUAAAAUGAGUGUUGAUAAGGAGAGCUGUAAGGGGGAUGUUCAGUACCAGAGAGCACCAUGUCAGGAGCCCAGCUGUGUGUCUAUGAAGAGUGAGAACUCAAUGUAUCAAACCCAUGAAUUCAGGAAUGAAGCAGUGACCUCUGACACCAGAAUGAGACAGACAGCAGCAUCUCCAGUAUCCAGCUGUGUGUCUAUGAAGAGUAAUGACUCCAUUGUUCAGCCUCCUAAUCUCAGUAAUGGAACAGUGACAUCUAACCCUGUUGAUGAACAUAAUGAUCUGGUGAAAUCUGUGAAUCAUCUGACCUGCACUUCCUUAGUGGAGACCAACAUCAGGCACCAGAGAAUCAAAGACACUCACAAAACAUGCAUGAAGAACAAAUAUGAGAGCUUAUUUGAAGGAGUCAAAUUACGAAAGAAUCAAACUUUACUGAACAGAAUCUACACACAGCUCUACAUCACAGAAAGAGAGAGUGAAGGAGUGAGUGAAGAACAUGAGGUUGUACAGAUGGAGAACAUACAGAGACCACAACAGUCACAAGACACUCCAAUCCACUGCAAUUACAUCUUUAAACCCUUACCUGAACCAGGAUGUGAGGAGAAAGACCAAAUCAAGACUGUUCUUACUAAAGGCAUCGCUGGAAUUGGAAAAACUGUCUCUGUGCAGAAGUUCAUUCUGGACUGGGCCGAGGGAAAAGCCAAUCUGGAUGUAGAUUUCAUGUUUGUGCUUCCAUUUCGAGAACUGAACUUGAUUAAAGAUCACCAGUACAGUCUUCACAGACUUCUGCUGGACUUUCAUCCUGAACUUCAAGAUCUGGACUCAGAGAUUUAUGAGGAGUGUAAAGUUGUGUUCAUCUUUGAUGGUCUGGAUGAAAGCAGAAUCACACUGAUGUUUUCAGACGCUCAGAAAGUUUGUGAUGUGACUGAGACUUCAUCAGUGGCUGUGUUGAUGUCAAAGCUCAUGAAAGGAGAGCUGCUUCCCUCUGCUCUCAUAUGGAUCACCUGCAGACCAGCAGCAGCCAAUCAGAUCCCCUCCAAAUACAUCCACCGUCUGACAGAAAUUCAGGGAUUCAAUGAGCCUCAGAAGGAGGAAUAUUUCAGGAAGAGAAUCACUGACCAGCAUCAAGCCAGCAGAAUCAUCUCACACAUCAGAAGAGCAAGAAGCCUCCACAUCAUGUGCCACAUCCCCGUCUUCUGCUGGAUCUCAUCCACUGUGCUUCAGAAGCUCCUGGAAGAAGAUCUGAGUGCAGAAAUCCCUCAAACUCUGACUGAAAUGUACAUCCACUUCCUGCUGAUUCAGAUCAACAUGAGGAACCAGAAGUAUGAAGAGAGAGAUCCAGAGAAACUCCUGCAGUCCAACAGAGAAGUGAUUGUGAAACUUGCUGAAGUGGCUUUCAAACAGCUGAUGAAGGGCAAUGUGAUGUUCUAUGAGGAGGACCUGAUUGAGAGCGGCAUAGACCUCACUGACGCCUCAGUGUAUUCUGGGAUUUGCACUGAGAUCUUUAAGCAGGAAUCUGUGAUUCAUCAGAGGAAAGUCUACAGCUUCAUUCAUCUGAGCUUUCAGGAGUUUCUUGCUGCUUUCUAUGUGUUUUACUCCCAUAUAGUCAAGAACACAAAAUCACUGCAGUUAUUUCAGGGUCAUAAAUAUGAAAGGUACAGGUCUGAGGAGAACUCUCUGUGUGAACUACUAAAAACAGCUGUUUAUAAAACCCUUGAGAGUGAAAAUGGACACUUAGAUCUCUUUUUCCGAUUCCUGCUGGGCAUCUCACUGGAUUCCAAUCAGAGACUCUUAGAAGAUCUACUGACAAGAACAGAGAACUGCCCAGAGAGCAUUAGAAAAACCACACAGUACAUUAAAGACAAAAUCAAAGAUGGACGUAAUCUCUUUGCUAACAGGUCCAUCAGAUUGCUCCUCUAUCUGCUUGAAAUGAAGGAUCAGACUCUGUAUAGAGAGAUUCAUGAUUUCGUGAAAUCAGACAAACACUCAGAGGAUAACCUCUCUGCUGCGCACUGUUCAGCAAUAGCUUACAUGUUUCAGAUGUCAGAGAAGGUGCUGGAUGAGCUUGACCUCAAGAAAUACAACACAACAGAGGAGGGCAGAAGAAUACUGAUGCCAGCUGUGAACAACUGCAGAAAAGCUUUACUUGCAGGCUGUAAUCUCACUGAUGAAUGCUGUGAAAUUGUGAGCUCAGUUCUACAAUCAUCAGAUUCUCUUCUGAGAGAGCUGGACCUGAGUAACAAUAACCUGCAGGACAGAGAGAAGAGUCCACAGAGUCAACUGAAACAACAGAGACUUAUAUACUGUAAUCACACUGAUGAAUGCUGUAAAAGUGUGGCUUCAGUUCUACAAUCAUCAGACCCUCUUCUGAGAGAGCCGGACCUGAGUAACAAUAACCUGCAUGAAUCAGGAGAGAACGGUCCACAGUUUCAACUGGAGAAACGGAGACUUGCUGUCUUCAAACUCCUAGAUAAAUCAUUUGAAGAUUUCGCUUUAGUUUCACAACCAUCAAAUUACCUGCAGAGAGAUCCAUGUAACAAUGAUCAGCAGUAUUCAGGAAUGGAGCUGCUUUCUGCUGGCCUGAUGAGUCCUUACUGUAAACUGCAGAUUCUGAGACUGGCAAUCUGUAAUCUCACUGAUCAAUCCUGCAAAGGCUUGUCCUCAGCGCUUCAGUCAUCAAACUCAUCACUGAGAGAGCUGGACCUGAGUAACAAUGACCUGCAGAAUUCAGGAGUGAAAUUUCUCUGUGCUGGACUGAGGAGUUCAAACUGUACACUGAAGACACUGAGGUUAUCUGGCUGUAUGGUGACAGAGGAAGGGUGUUGUUAUCUGGCUUCAGCUCUGAGGUCAAACCCCUCACACCUGAGAGAACUGGAUCUGAGCUACAAUCACCCAGGAGACUCUGGAGUGAAGCUGCUCUCUGAUCUACUGGAGGAUCCACACUGUAAACUGGAGAAACUCAAUGUGGAUCAUGCUGGAGAUGUCAUGAUUAUAGCAGGACUACGCAAAUAUGCCUGUGAUCUCACAUUGGAUCCAAACACAGUAAACAUUCAUCUCUGUCUGUCUGAGCAGAACAGAAAGGUGACACGUUUGGAGGAGCAGCAGUCCUAUCCUGAUCAUCCAGAGAGAUUUGAUUACUUUCCUCAGGUUGUGUGUAGAGAGAGUCUGUCGGGACGGUACUACUGGGAGGUCGAAUGGAGCGGGUGGAGGGGGGCAGUUAUAUCAGUGGCACAUAAAGGAAUGAGCAGGAAAGGAGGAAGUGAUGAUUGUAGGUUUGGAUUCAAUGAAAAGUCCUGGAGCCUUGAUUGCUCUGAUGAGAUUUUCACUGUCUGGCACAAUAAAAAAAGCACUGACAUACCCAUCCCAUUCUCCUCUAAGAGAGUAGGACUGUUUCUGGACUGGCAGGAUGGCACUCUGUCCUUCUACAGCGUCUCUGACACACACACACUCACACACUUACACACAUUUUACUCCACAUUCACUGAACCCCUCUGUGCUGGAUUUAGAGUUUUUAUUGACUCUUCAGUGUCUUUGUGUCAGAUUCAACAGCCUCCACACACUGCUAAUCUUGUCAGUGAAGUUUCAUUAAAGACAGAAAAUGAAAAUUAUGACAACAAUUAAACAGUUU